AUGCCACGGCUAUUACGGCGCAACCUCACCUGCUUUUACUGCGGCGGCAGGAGCCCGAAUUCGCAGACAGGCCAGGUACGACAAUGGCACUGCCAGAAAUGCGACGCUGUCAAUCAUCUAGACGAGAAUGGCCAAAUCACCGAUCCGCCUGCCUCCGAACCCCAAAACAACGUACAAUACGCUCAUGUCCCUCCUCGCUCGACAUCCCCGGAGCUGGCCUCCGCUGACCGCGAGCUGUUCUGCAAUACCUGUCAGAAGAAUCAGUACCUUCUCACCGAAUCCCUCGCCAACUAUCUCCCCUCCCAAGAGGACCCGAACUACGCCAAAUAUGAGGCCGCAGCUACCCAAUACAGGAAGAGCUUGGAAGAUCGCUACCCCCAGGUAUGCGAGAACUGUGUCCACAAGGUGCGCGACCGCAUCAAGCUCGCGUCGUACGCUGCAAAGACAGACAAUAUGAGGCGCGCAUUGCAGCAGACGAGGCAAAACGGCGUCUUCGACACGGCUUCUUGGGGCUGGAAGAAUAUCGUCGUGUUCGCAGGCGGCCAGGCCUACAUCCUCAACCUUGUUCUCUGCCUCCUUUGGCAUACCUUCGGAGCGCUAUUGACUGCGGAACCUGAGGAUGGAAUGAGCCCCGUGGAUACUCCUAGCUACCAGAUGUGUUUCACCCAGGCAGCGACUCAAUACGGCGUUGAACCAGCUUGUUUCUCAUUAGUGCUGCCAUUGGCCAAGUAUGCCUUCAUUCUAGCCAUUUGCUCCGUCUGGUGGAACAGCGCGUUGCAGAACUGGGUGCGCCGAUCAAGAGGACGAAUGGUCGGCUUGGGUGAUCAUCUGAAACUUCAGUUGAUCGUUCUCGCUGUCAGAGCUGCCAGUCUCUGGUACCUCCAAGAAGUCGGAGUCAUGGCGAUGGCACUGCAUGUCUUCAAGGCCGGCCAUACCUUUAUGAUCAUAUUCAUUCUGCUCACGAGCAUCAUC